GGCGCUGUUUCAUGACUCACAAACCAGGAAAAUGGCGGAGCCGUCGUCAGUUGAAAGAUGGAUCGACAUUGCAAAACAGUGCAAGUAUCUCCCGGAAAACGACUUAAAGAAACUCUGUGAUUACGUGUGCGAUCUUCUCUUGGAAGAAUCCAAUGUGCAACCGGUUUCCACUCCAGUGACUGUAUGUGGAGAUAUUCAUGGACAGUUUUAUGAUUUAGAGGAGUUGUUCAGGACAGGAGGUCAGAUACCAGACACCAACUACAUAUUCAUGGGUGAUUUUGUUGACCGUGGUUACUACAGCCUGGAGACUUUCACCAGGUUACUCACCCUCAAGGCCAAAUGGCCGGAUCGCAUCACGCUUCUCCGUGGCAACCACGAGAGCAGACAGAUCACACAAGUCUAUGGAUUCUAUGAUGAAUGUCAGACUAAAUACGGCAAUGCGAAUGCCUGGCGAUACUGUACCAAGGUCUUUGAUCUGCUCACAGUUGCCGCUAUUAUUGAUGAGCAGAUCUUGUGUGUUCAUGGUGGUCUCUCGCCAGACGUCAAGACCCUUGACCAGAUCCGGACGAUUGAGAGGGCUCAGGAAAUCCCACACAAGGGGGCCUUUUGUGAUCUGGUGUGGUCGGACCCAGAGGAUGUGGACACUUGGGCUAUUAGCCCUCGAGGAGCAGGUUGGCUGUUUGGAGCCAAAGUUGUCAAUGAGUUUGUCCACAUCAACAACCUGAAGCUGAUCUGCCGAGCCCACCAACUCGUCCAUGAAGGCUACAAGUACAUGUUUGAUGAGAAACUGGUGACGGUGUGGUCAGCGCCUAACUACUGCUACCGCUGUGGCAAUAUUGCAUCCAUCCUUGCCUUCCGCGACACAGCAACAAAGGAGGCCAAACUCUUCAGGGCCGUGCCGGAUGCUGAGAGAGUGAUACCAACUCGCACCACGACGCCAUACUUCCUCUGAGGAGAAUUCUGAAGAAAUACAUCGACACAGAAAUUUGAGCAGGGAAAUGACCUGGAAUGCCUCUUUGUAGUAGGCAUCAUUUCUGAGAUAAACAGUCAUUCCAGAUUUGGAGAUGUUCUCUCAGUAAUAUAUGGGACUUGGUAGUAAAUCGCUUACUGCGUGGUUUUGUCCAUUUUAAUAUAGACUUUAGGACAUGCAUGAAGUGUUUAUUUAAAGUGCAACAUCUUUGUACAGAUGAAAUCAUUGCAUCAAGCACCAGACACUGGAAUUUCGCAAGAAGGUAUUUUUGCGUGCGGUGAAAAUAUUUAACACAGUGCAGAGCAUAAAGCAGUCAAUGUUGCGUGCACCAACUACGCGAGCUCAUUUUUUAAUCAUGGGCUUGCCCUUACGUUGACAUACAUUCAUAUCACCGUGUGCUCAGUGAUGCCUGAGAGCUCACGAAGGGCAAAGCACCUGAUUAAAAAAUCUAACUCUCCUGGAUGCACAACAUCUUGGGUGAACUAGUUCACGACAAAUACUGGAGACAUUUUGAGCAGUGAGAAGAGUUCCAAGUGAUGCAACGGUGUCAUUUAGGAUUUUUUUUAAAAAGCCUGAAAUUCAUUCAUUUUGGUUACGGAAAUCAGGGUUCAGACAAACAUAGCUUGGCAGGCCAUACAUGAACAUAGAUGUAAAGUAUUUAAUUUGUAUGUGACUUGAAGUGGUGUUUUUGUGUGAUGUUCUGGGCUCCAUGCUUAAUCUGGCAUAACCUUUGACCCCAUGGGGGCAGUUUGCUCCUUGGAUUUACCUGCAGAAUAGUCCCCGAUUUUUGCAAGUUACAGCUGCACUUUUUCCCCAACAAGUUGCCAGUCAGCUACCCUGACAGGUUAUUUACCUCUAUUUAAGAUUUAGCCGCCUUGAAUUAGAAGUAAGGCCAUGCCUAGUUGUACUAAUACUUAGGAGCUAACUUUGAGAAAGGUGUCAUGUUUAUUUUGUAUAGUAUCAAUGUAAACUUGUAGUAUUUCAGUUUAAGUUCAGGUAUAGUGCUAUCUUUGGUUUGGUUUUUAACGCGUCCUUGGUUUGAAUUAGCUACUGGGGCAUGGAAUUCUUAUCACAAAUAAGCCUGGAAUGGUUUAUGUAGUGUUUCACCAGGGUCCAAAAUGACCUCAAAAGAAUACACCAUUAACAGAAAGGUAAUACAUGUACUUGAUGAAUCCAUUGAAGGCAGUGUAAUAACAUCUGAGAGUUUGUGUACAA